AUGUCGACGUAUUGGGCGGAUCUAAGCACCAGGCGCAGAUUAGACCCUGCGUGGGAUGCCGUUUACAUUAACACGCCUUUCCAUGAUCCUAUGGGAAGGUGGAUAGAGCUAAGAGCUAAACUGGAGUGUGCUGGGCAAGUGGCAGGCAUCGAUCUACAGCAAAGGGAAGAAGAUAGCAUAUGGGGACCUACCCCGAAAAAGUCGCGCACUAACAACCAGUCCAACUUGGUGAACAGACGAAAUUACAAGUCAGCCGUAGACACGCCAUCAUCUGAUUCUGACGGAGAUGAGGACCAUGGUCUAUGGGCUUCAGACUCAGAACCUCGAGGCCCUACCACCAAGCGACCGGCUGCCUUGAAGCCUCAGGGUAGAGGUCCGGCAAGCCAGAUCGCGCCUAUCACUCCUCAAACUUCGUCUAGUCGACCGUUGACAACUCCAGACUCGUCAUUUAGCAGUCAAGAGGUCAUGCCACAACUCUUCUAUAGGAAGUACGACAACCUCAGCGCGGGAUAUAACAGUCCCCAGGGCUUUGUGGCCGGCCAGUACCAUAGGCUUCCCGGCAUCGAUGUCCCACCACCCAUGCCAACAGAUAGCGCAUGGUUUCCACAUCAAGCGACUAACCACCUCACUCGCCAGCCUGUUGCUACGCCUUUUAUUGGCGUGACUUGCAGCUUCAUCUGGGUUAUCUACCAAGCGCUGAAGUCCGAGCCAUCGUCAAAGCCGAGCAUUGCUCUCAUUAAUGCUACAGCAGCCGCGAGAGAUGGCUGGGCCUAUCCUGUGCAGCCUAUCAUGUCAGGCCUCAAGAGGAUGGGCUUUGUUAGAGGCAUCAGAUACAAAGCGACACAAGAGUGGUGGAUUUGGGCAGAGAUUAAGGCAGAGGCAAUUUUGCAUGUCGCUUCUCUGGCCGACCUAGCUGAUGAUCCAGAAAUCAGCCAACUCCUCAUGCUCGAUGAAUUGAGGAGCAGUAACAACUUGACUGGUUUUCGCGAUCGGUUACAGCAUAACCCUAGGAACCUUGGUAUCGACAUCUACGCCGCCCUCGGCAAGGUUGUUGCGCUGUUUACACUGGAUCCGCGGAGACACAAGGACUUCAUCACACAGCUUAUCCACGACAUUCUGUCUGGCUGGUUCAUUCCCGCACCCAGCAAGGACGAUCUCAACUUCAUUGUCAGCAGUCAAGAUGACAAUGCACAGUCAUUUAUCGAUGCGUACAAAAUCAACACUGAGCGAGACAGAGCGUUCUGGGACGGUACGGAGGAUGCACUAUAUCGUUCCUUCUCAGAAGGGCUAAAGAUGGCGGCGAUAACUAUCAGCAAGGAGAGAAGCUUCUAUGAGAGAGCAUCAGCUCGGAAGAGGCGGUCGUCCAACGAGCAAGGAGUAAGGUCGCGGCGGAGGAGAGGCGCCUAUGAGGAUUCGGACUGA